UUGUCAUCAUCGUUAUUAAUAAUACUGGUAAAUUGUUUCUUUUUUUUUUUUAAUUUACACAUUUAUUCAGCUUUCUUUCUUCUAACAAAUUUAAUCUGUAAAAGCGAAUGCUUACAACAGGCGUUGAAACCGAUUACAAAAAUUGAAAAAACCUAUGCAUAUUUGUUCAACAACUAUGAUAAGGUCUGUGAUCAGUUGGAAACUGCAGCAUAUCGGUCAAGAAAAUGUAACCCAAAUGAACAACGACAAUUUUACUAUAGCACAACAUUUUAUCGACUUAUUUGUACAUAUUUUGAAGAAGGUAUAUAA